AUUGAGUUCCUCACUCCGUAUAGGGUUCAAGAAGUCCAUAGAAAGCAACUUAUCCAACACACCCUCUACAAAAGUAGAAAGAACGAUCUCCCCAACAACAUUCAUGCCCUGAAAAUGGAGGAGAAGAUUGGAAUCUGGUCAAUAGUCAUUUAUAAACCCGCAACAACUGUGGGAAGGGGCAACUUCCCUUGUUAAUACUAUAAAAGAAAGGGCAUUGCUCUCUGCUGCUGCCACUUGUUCUCUCUGCCUUGAAGGAAUCCCUGCUAGCAUUUAGCCAUCUUCUUUAUCUGAAACCAUGGCGGACAAGGCAGUUACGAUUCGUACCAGGAAGUUCAUGACUAACCGCCUCCUAUCGAGGAAGCAAUUCAUAGUUGAUGUUCUUCACCCUGGGAGACCCAAUGUUUCCAAGGUGGAGCUGAAGGAGAAGCUAGCAAGCUUAUAUGAGGUGAAGGAUCCCAAUACAAUUUUUGUGUUUAAGUUCAGGACUCACUUUGGAGGCGGUAAAUCCACUGGGUUUGGGUUGAUUUAUGAUUCAGUUGAGAAUGCAAAGAAGUACGAGCCCAAGUACAGACUCAUCAGGAAUGGACUUGACACUAACGUAGAGAAGUCAAGGAAGCAACUGAAGGAGAGAAAGAACAGGGCCAAGAAGGUUCGCGGAGUAAAGAAGACGAAGGCUAGUGAUGCUGCCAAGGGAGGAAAAAAGAAGUGAUAUAUAUAUAUGCAUAUAUAAGAUUUGGUUGCUUCAUUAUAUCAUGUGUUGCAACUCUGCUAAAAUUCAAAUGUCAUUAGAGAAAUGAUAUCUUGUCAAUUCUCAGGAUUUCUUCUUAUUGUAACAGUUUUACUUUAUUAAUGAAUUUUAUUUGUUGAUAUAACACAAUUUCAAAUGAGAAUUAAAUUGAUUGCA